CUCCGCUCCAAAACACCCGUCCGUCAUCACCCUUUUUCAACUUCAGAAUGCCCUACUCCAACCCCGCCAUCCUUCUAGUCCACGGCGCUUGGCACAUCCCAGCCCACUACGCCGAAUUCACCUCUGCACUCAGGUCCAAGGGCCAUGAAGUCCACGUGCCCCGCUUGCUCUCCAUGAAUGAGGCCCGUCCCCCUAACGCAGAUCUUUCCUCCGACACGGAUCUCAUCCGCAGUUACGUGGAGAGCCUCGUUGAAGCCGGCCGGGAGGUGGUCGUCCUCAUGCACUCUUACGGCGGUCAAGUAGGCACCAACGCCCUAGUGGGCCUGGGUGCUGAAGCCCGGAAACAACAAGGCCGGACGGGUGGGGUCGUCCGGUUGAUCUACAUCGCUGCCUUCGCAGUCACGGAGAACAACUCUAUGAUUAGCGUCGUGGAGGCAUUCGGACACGGAGAUUGUGUGAGCCGUGACCCGAAGAAUCUAAUUGUUGGACCGGGUCGGUCGGAUGAGGAGACCGAUGCUUACAUCGCUGCUAUGCCGCGUUGGAAUGGAAAGGCUAUGUAUCAGGCCGUCGAGCGGUGCGCUUGGAGAGAUAUCCCUGUGUCGUACAUCUAUUCCACGGCUGAUAUGACGGUGCCUUUGGAUUAUCAGAAGUCGUUUGUGGAGAAGAUGCGGGAGGCGGGGAGAGACGUCAACACUUUUGAGGUGGAGACGGGGCAUUGUCCUACUUUCACCAAGUUUGAGGAGGUGGCCAAGAUUGUCGACGGCGUUGUGAGUAAGCCUUGA